AUGUCAUAUCUCACCUCCACGUAUACAAAUCAGAGACACACAAUCCAACUUUUGAGGUAUUCGUUCGCCGAACGAAAGCUAGCACAUCAGCUCAUUUGUCCAUCUCAUCGUUUCAUACCGGGGGUAAAGAAAAAUCCGACCAAGGCUGAAACGGACCAAAACACCACACCUCAUCAACUCCAUCGCGCUAUCAUACAGCUCAACGGAUGCGCACGGCAACCCACUGUACCUGCAUAUCUCGAAACAUCCCCGACCUUGUGGUUUGACAUCAUAAGGCUGUGCUAAAUUUAUGGUGUCCGUGGUCGUUUCGGAUAAAGGUGUGGUAGGCGGGGAUAAGGAGGCGGAAGAGUGGGCAGAAGGGGUACCAUAUCACAACGUGGGAUAGUUUUUCUAGAAGGAUGCAAGGUCUAUCAUACACGUCAUGGGUAGGCGGGAACCAUAUCAAGGUGCCCAUCGCACGGCCAAAGUUCAUAUAGUUUAAGGCUGAAACAACCGUUUUCUGCACCUUGGCUGCUUGGUUGGUAGUGGCUCUACGCAUGUGUGAUCGUUGACGUCGAUGCAACGCUAUCGGGGACGCUGUAUUGUAUGGGGACCAACAGGAAUGGGGGUGGGGACGGGAGAGAGCUUGCGCAGUACGGUAGAUACCACAGGCACAUUGUAAUGUCCCGUCCGUUGUGAAUGAGAUGAGAGGAUAGAAGAAAGGGCGUCAUUUCGAGAUCAAUCUAGUCCAUUAUUGCAUGAU